GAAUCAGAUAGGCAUUAAAUAAGUUCAGAUACGGUGCUUCACUUUCUCUAAUCUUUUCCUGCAUGUCAUCCAGGAAAGUUUCCAUUUGUUAAAAUCUCGUUUACAUACUUUAAAAUUUCAAGAGAAAGAGUUCCGGGUUUUCGUGGGCAUUUAGUACUUGUUGCAGAACCGAAACAGAGUUUUGGUUUAGCGGUUUAGCGGUUGUUGCUGGACCAAACUAGUUCUUUUUUGGCCAUGAGAGUUUUGAUAUAAAAAGAUUGAUGGGUUUUAAGUUGUAUAGCAGUAUUAAGCUUCAGUGGGAUUGAAAAUGGCGAGCAGUGAUCCUUAUAGAGCCAGAAGUAGUUACAGAAGAAACAACUCUUCCACAUGGAGGAACAAUGGCUUUGAGGCGUUCUCGAGGUCAUCACGAGAUGAAGAAGACGAUGAAGAAGCUCUUAAAUGGGGUGCUCUGCAGAAGCUUCCUACUUAUGAGCGUCUUAGAAAAGGUAUACUCACUAAUUCACACAGCAAAGCGAGUGAAAUUGAUGUAAGUAAUCUCGGACUUCAAGAAAGGAAGGAGUUGAUGGAGAGGUUAUUUAAAGUUGCAGAGGCAGAUAAUGAGAAUUUCUUGCUCAAGCUCAAGAAUCGUAUUGAUAGAGUUGGAAUUGAUCUUCCAACAAUAGAAGUGCGAUAUGAGCAUCUGAAAGUAGAAGCAGAAACUCAUGUUGGAAGCAGAGCUUUACCUACCUUCAUCAACUUCUCUGUUAACAUACUUGAGAGUUUCUUGAAUUAUCUUCAUAUUCUUCCAAGUAGAAAGAAACAUAUUUCUAUUCUUCAAGAUGUUAGUGGAAUCGUAAAGCCAGGCAGAAUGACAUUGCUAUUGGGUCCUCCAAGUUCUGGUAAGACCACAUUCUUGUUAGCUUUGGCGGGAAAGCUUGACCCCGAAUUAGAGUUAGCUGGAAGGGUGACUUAUAAUGGGCAUGACAUGAAUGAGUUUAUACCUCAGAGAACUGCUGCCUACAUCAGUCAACAUGAUGUCCACAUUGGAGAAAUGACUGUAAGGGAAACAUUGGCUUUCUCUGCUAGAUGCCAAGGAGUCGGAACCAGAUAUGAUAUGCUGGCAGAGUUGUCUAGAAGAGAGAGAGCAGCUAAUAUCAAGCCUGAUCCAGAUGUUGAUAUCUACAUGAAGGCAGCAGCAAUAGAAGGUCAAAAGACAAGUGUGGUGACUGAUUAUAUUCUGAAGGUUUUGGGAUUGGAAGUCUGUGCUGAUACCAUAGUUGGGGAUGAAAUGUUAAGGGGAAUAUCUGGAGGACAGAGGAAGCGUGUUACAACAGGGGAGAUGCUUGUUGGACCAACAAAGGCGCUGUUCAUGGAUGAAAUAUCAACUGGUUUGGACAGCUCGACGACUUAUCAAAUCGUGAAGUCGCUCAAGCAUCUUGUUCAUAUUUUUCAAGGAACUGCUGUCAUCUCACUACUCCAGCCUGCACCAGAGACUUAUAAUCUUUUUGAUAAUGUGAUUCUCCUCUCUGAUGGUCAGAUUGUGUACCAGGGUCCACGGGAAGAAGUUCUUGAUUUUUUUGAAUCUAUUGGUUUUAAGUGUCCUGAGAGGAAAGGGAUUGCUGAUUUUCUUCAAGAGGUAAUAUCAAGAAAAGAUCAGGAGCAGUAUUGGUUACGGAAAGAGGAGCCUUACAGUUUUGUCACAGUUAAGGAAUUUGCCGAAGCUUUCCAAACAUUCCAUGUGGGACAGAAAGUAGGAGAUGAGCUUGCAACUCCAUUUGACAAGAGCAAGAACCACCCAGCUGCUUUGACAACCAAAUUUUAUGGAGUAAAUAAGAAGGAGCUCUUAAGAGCUUGUAUCUCAAGAGAAUACUUGCUUAUGAAGAGGAACUCUUUUGUUUACAUCUUCAAGCUUUCACAAAUUGCAGUGAUGGCACUGAUUACAAUGACACUCUUCUUAAGAAUCAAGAUGCAUCACAAUUCUAUUGAGGAUGGAGAAAUUUAUGCUGGUGCUUUGUUCUUCUCUAUGAUUGUAACAAUGUUUAAUGGAAUGGCAGAGCUUUCCAUGACCAUUGCCAAGCUGUCAGUCUUCUACAAGCAGAGGGACCUCCUGUUCUACCCUUCAUGGGCAUAUGCUCUUCCAACAUGGAUUGUCAAGAUUCCUAUCACAUUUCUAGAGGUUGCAGUUUGGGUUUUCCUUACAUACUACGUAAUUGGGUUUGAUCCAAAUGUUGAAAGGUUAUUUAGGCAAUAUCUUCUGCUGUUAUGUGUGAACCAGAUGGCUUCUGCAUUGUUCCGAUUGAUUGCAGCAUUGAGUAGGAACAUGAUUGUUGCAAACACGUUUGGGUCCUUUGCCUUUCUGGCACUUUUUGUAUUGGGUGGCUAUGUGCUCUCUAGAGAGGAUAUUAAGAAAUGGUGGAUUUGGGGUUUCUGGGCUUCCCCUAUGAUGUAUGGCCAGAAUGCAAUACUAGUUAAUGAGUUCCUUGGAAACAAUUGGAGACAUAUCCUGCCAAACUCUACUGAACCUCUAGGAAUUGAAGUUUUGAGGAGCCAUGGGUUCUUUACGGAUGCAUAUUGGUAUUGGCUUGGUGUGGGGGCAUCCAUUGGAUUUGUGUUACUUUUCAACAUUGGUUAUGUUCUCUCACUCACUUGCCUAAAUGAAUUUGGGAAGGCAAAAUCCAUCAAAUCAGAAGAUGAGAGCAACAACCAGAAUGGCAGAGCUGGGGAAGCCAUUCAAUUACCACGAAGAGAAAGAAGCUCAAGUCACCAAACUUGGACUCAUAAUAAGAAAAAAGGAAUGAUUCUUCCAUUUGAACCACAUUCCGUUACCUUUGAUAAUGUUGUAUAUUCUGUGGACAUGCCUCAGGAAAUGAAGUGUCAGGGUGUUGUAGAGGAUAGAUUGGUUCUCCUGAAGGGCUUGAGUGGCACUUUCAGGCCCGGUGUUUUAACUGCUUUAAUGGGAGUUAGUGGCGCUGGUAAAACAACUUUGAUGGAUGUCCUGGCUGGUAGGAAAACUGGUGGAUAUAUUAAUGGAGAUAUCAGAAUUUCUGGAUACCCUAAGAAGCAAGAAACAUUUGCACGAAUUUCAGGAUACUGUGAGCAAAAUGACAUCCACUCACCACAUGUUACUGUAUAUGAGUCCUUGCUCUACUCAGCCUGGCUCCGUUUACCAUCAGAAGUUGAUUCUGAGACCAUAAAGAUGUUCAUCGAAGAAGUGAUGGAGCUGGUGGAACUCAACUCAUUGAGGCAAGCACUAGUUGGAUUUCCUGGUGUCAAUGGUCUCUCAACUGAGCAGCGGAAAAGGUUAACAAUUGCUGUUGAGUUAGUGGCUAAUCCCUCUAUAAUUUUCAUGGAUGAGCCAACUUCAGGAUUAGAUGCAAGAGCUGCUGCAAUUGUCAUGAGAACAGUUAGGAACACUGUGGAUACUGGAAGAACGGUUGUGUGCACCAUUCAUCAGCCAAGCAUUGACAUAUUCGAAGCUUUUGAUGAGGUAUUCCUAAUGAAGCAUGGAGGACAAGAAAUAUAUGUUGGGCCAUUGGGUCACCAUUCUUGCCAUCUAAUCAAGUAUUUUGAGGGAAUAGAAGGAGUCAGCAAAAUAAAUGACGGCCAUAAUCCAGCAACUUGGAUGCUGGAAGUUGCUUCUUCAGCACAAGAAAUGGUUCUAGGAAUUGACUUUGCUAAUGUAUACAAAAAUUCAGAACUAUACUGGAGAAACAAGCAACUUAUUAAAGAACUGAGCAGCCCUGCUCCAGGUUCAAGGGAUCUCUAUUUUCCCACCAAAUACUCACAAUCAUUUCUAACCCAAUAUAUGACUUGCUUUUGGAAACAACGUCUGUCUUACUGGCGCAACCCAACUUACACUGCUGUACGAUUUCUCUUCACCACUUUCUUAGCAUUGAUGUUUGGAACUGUGUUCUGGGACCUGGGCUCCAAAAGGAGAAGGCAACAAGAUUUGAUAAAUGCAAUGGGAUCUAUGUAUACUGCUGUUCUCUUUGUUGGCUUCCAAAAUGCUGCGUCAGUGCAACCUGUAAUUGCCAUUGAAAGAACAGUCUUCUACAGAGAAAAAGCUGCUGGAAUGUAUUCAGACUUGCCAUAUGCAUUUGCACAGGUAACGAUUGAGAUUCCAUAUAUCUUUUCACAGUGUGUAGUCUAUGGCAUCAUUGUGUAUGCAAUGACGGGAUUUGAAUGGACAGCUGCCAAAUUCUUUUGGUAUCUGUUCUUCAUGUAUUUCACAUUGCUGUACUUCACCUUUUAUGGCAUGAUGAUGGUGGCCGUGACACCAAACCAGCACAUUGCACUCGUUGUUUCUAAUGUAUUUUACGGAUUAUGGAAUCUCUUUUCAGGAUUCAUAAUCCCGCGAACAAGGAUCCCUAUAUGGUGGAGAUGGUACUAUUGGGUAUGUCCGGUAGCAUGGACCUUGUAUGGAUUGGUUGCAUCACAGUUUGGAGAUAUGAAGGAGACCCUUGAGACAGAUGAAACAGUAGAAGACUUUGUGAACAGAUAUCUUGGAUUCAAACAUGACUUUCUGGGAGUAGUUGCAGCUGUAAUUGUUAGUUUUACGGUGCUUUUUGCAUUCAUCUUUGCCUAUGCCAUUAAGGCAUUUAAUUUUCAAAAGCGAUAGGAAUUUGUUUCUUA